CGACAGUGAUUGAUCUUCUUCAUUUUCCAUUGUAUCUAGUAUCGUUGGACUGUAUCGACAUCAUGAUGACCCCGAUCUUUAUCGCUCUCCUUGCUGCCGUUGCGUCCGCGCAGAACGCUGCCAUCGGAUUCCCCAAGCAAGGCCAGGAGAUCACUCCGGGCGAUAAUCUGGUCGUCCAGGUCCAGCGCCCAAACACCCUGACAGGCUCCCAGGAGGUGGGUGUCGUUAUUGGCCUGUCAUCCUGCGCCUCCAAGCCCUGCUUUUCCCCCCAGGAUUCAAUGGGCACGGUCCUGUAUAACGGUCCCUUCAAGCCCGUAUACCAUGAGACCAGCCAGCCUCCCUACCAGAACUUUACCGUGCAGAUUCCAGACUCGGCGGUCAAAGGAGAUGCGCAGAUUAAUGUGGCACAUGUGGCUAUUGUCGGGGCGAGCGCGUGGCCGUAUUUGGACCUUCUUAACCAGACUGUCGUUGUAGAGUAAAUCCUCUGGGGUGGGAGGUGUGGUGUUGAUUUGAGCCUGUAUAGACUGUUGUUAGUGUCUGGAGCUGUAUAUUCGUUCAUUACUAGUUUUCUUCGUCUUAUUCCUGGAAUUUUGCUGUAGGUUCGUCUAUGAUGAAAUUUUUGUUCCUCAGGCAUUUCUUUGCCAGGAGCUAGG